CAAGCAAAUCGUUGAAAAAAUCGAACAACUCAUUUCAAAAACACACAAGCUUCGAUAAGGUCUAAAAGACUUAUAAUUUUAAAUUAUAAAAAGAUAUAAAAUAUCGCAAUGGACGAACUAGACAUUACCAGCGUGGGCCAGUUCCAGACCCUGGUGCGCUACAACAACCCGGUGCUGGUGGUCAAGCACCCGGACAAGAAGGGUGCCCCACUGACUGAGAUUGAGAUGAAAAGACCACAAACCGCGGGAGCGUUACUAGAUACCAAGAAGGAAACUGAAGAAAUAUUGAACUCCAUUUUGCCGCCACGAUGCUGGGAAGAAGAUGGUCAGCUAUGGCAACAGUCGGUGUCCAGCACCCCAGCCACGCGCCAGGAUGUGAUUAAUCUUCAGGAGAUGCUGGACACGAGACUGCAACAGACCCAGGCUCGCGAAACGGGUAUUUGCCCUGUGCGGCGUGAGCUUUACUCGCAGUGCUUUGACGAAAUCAUUCGCCAGGUGACUAUCAACUGCUCAGAACGUGGCCUUUUGUUGCUGCGCAUCCGCGAUGAGAUCGCCAUGUCAAUGGAGGCCUAUGAAACACUGUACUGCAGCUCGGUGGCUUUCGGCAUGCGCAAAGCCCUACAAGCCCAUGAAGAGAAGGAAAUGCUGCGGGACCGCGUUAAGACACUAGAGCUGGACAAGGAGGCGCUCGAAGAGAUCAUUGCUGACAUGAAGCUAAAGCAGGAACAGGCGGAACGUCGCAAUGCUGAGCUGCGGGCUUCUGAAGAGAAGAAGUUUACCGAGGAGAUAACCUUCUUGAAGAAGACGAAUGCCCAGCUGAAGGCCCAAUUGGAGGGCAUCACCGCACCCAAGAAGUAGAGUAAAAGUUUAGUUUUAAAGGUGUGGUCUAUGUUUUUGUCGCUUAAAAAUUGUUGUAACUUGUUCAAAUAAAAUUAUUGGAGCAUCUCAAUAA